AUGGUGGUCCUUCGUGGCGUGCUCAUCGCAGUGUUUGUUGGCGUGCCCACUGCGUUGCGCCCAGCAGAAGAGGUUGCUGAGGCUCGUGAGGCUCGUGAGGCUCAUGGCAACCCACUGACGCCACCAUGCCAAGGUCGUAGCAAGGUCGCACCAUCGAUGAUGUCGCCGAAUAUCCCCGGUGCUCAAAUCUGUAUGAUUGAUUUCGCCUCCUGCGACCAGACUGUUGCCUACGAACCCUACAAGGAUCGCUAUGUGGCGUGCCGCAGACAUUCCUAUGUUGAUCAAGUGACAGGGGAAGCCAAAGGCGUGUGCUUCGUUGCCAAGUGGUAUCAAGAUAGCUGGGGAGAAUGGAAAGAAGCCCAACCUGCAGUUGCAUGUGCUGCGAUCGAGUACUACGGCAAAGGCAUCGUAGCACAAACCAUUCAGAACAAAAUCAACGACAACGUGAAGCGCUGCAAGGAUGCUCUUUGCAAAGUGGCCACGUCUGGAAAAUGGGCAACUUCGACAAAGUCAGCAGCCAAGAAAGCCUGGCCGGAAUCGACCUGGAAGCCUGGAACCUGGGGAUGGGCCAAAACAGCUGAGAAGUUCUGCGAUGCCGCUUGUGAGGCUCUGGAAGAUCUGGAACGGAAGUUGAAGGAGGUCCAAAGUGUCCACAACAUCGUGGAGUUUGAUGCCGAUGCCCUGAUUGCUCGAAAGGUUACUCGUGAGAAGCGGGACCCACGCCUGCAACUGGCCAGUGGUGGGGCGGCGCAACUUGCAGAAGAGGUGGCUCAGGAGUUGAAAGAAUGGAGGAAAAAGCGCGAAAAUGCUUACGCUCAGAGACGGAGAAUUCAUGAGAAAAGGCACAGAGAUGCGAUCCAGGGAAAGCGACAGGAGGAGCAGGACAAGCAGAUGAUCCGAGAGUUUGUGCGGAAGAAUCUGCUGGAGCUGGCAAAAGAGACACUGUCAGGUGCCAAUCCGUCAAAACCAUCGAGGAACGGGUUGGCAGAGGAAGUGCAUGGCACCUGUUCAGCCGGUGCCACGGCGCUGCUAACUUUGCGCAGCCGUUUGGAAUCUUUGGUCGAACGACUGGAGGCGACUGAGAUGCAAAAUCCUGAGGAAAUGGUGAGAGCAGGGCGGAUGGCGCAAAAGAUUGUAGACCGAAAGAGAGAACGAGUGAAAGAAGUAGCACUGCAGCAGCGCUUCAUGGACAUGACCAGCGGAGUUGACCAAGACUUGUUGGAGGAUAUCGAGCAAGGCUUUGAGGGCCGACAACUCGCACUGAAGAAUCAGUCGGAGAAUCUCAGGCAAGUUGUAACCUCGCUCCGAACAUCGGUGGAAGAUCGCCAGCAAGCCUUCCAGGAGUUGGAUGCGCUGAACAAAGGCCCUGCAAGCAUUGCACCUGCCGCAUGGUGGAAGGUGCUAUUUGAUGGACAGGAGACAGAGAGCGAACAAGAGGCACCCGAGAGGAAAGCCAAGCCUGGCUGCCAUGCUUUGGAUGUUGACCCACGUGACACAGGUACAAGGAAAGUGUCAAUGGCUCAUAUGGCACAUCGGCGCCGUCACGGCCCCGCGCUUUGCGCCACGGCCAUUUUGGUGUGUAACUUGUGUCACUUGUGUCAGAUCUACGGUGCACCGGGUGGACCGGGUCGCUGUUUUGCGGGUCGCCGAACUGCUGCCGUUGCCGCCCUGACCGCCGCAGCUCCGGCAGCCGUGGGAGCUCCGGCCCUGGCGGAGCUGUCGCCUCCAUUGGAACGGGCGACCAAGCGAUAUGGUGAGCAGAUCCAAGGUGCCAUGGAUUUUUUGUAUUUUGAUAUCAAACCAUACGUGCGCGGUGGGCCUCGCCUGUUUCAACUGGCCAUCAAUGCCUUAGACGCCUCUGGAGGGAGCAACACAGCCAUCGAGCGAGAUCUCUUCGCCCCGUUGCGGCAGCUGGUUCUCGCCGGAGAGGAAGAUGGAGAAGUCGACUUUCGACCGGUCUCGCAGAAGAUCGAAGCAUCUGCAAAGCAGUUGACAGAUGCGGCAAGGGAUCGAAAGGUGGAUGAUGCCAUUGCAGCAAGUGACGUCGUCAUUGCAGAUCUUUCCAGCCUUUUUGCUACGAUCAACAAAGAGGCUGAGAGCAAAGUCUUUCUGCUUCCUGAUGAUCCAGAGUAUGAAAAGCGCUUGGAUGCCUAUCGAAGCAAAAUGGCCGAAGGAAAAUCAACGACUUUGAUGAAGAAGGACGGAGACUGA